AUGACGCAGAGAGUAUCGUAUUCGUCGAGCAAGCGUCGUUCCCGUGACCUGAGCACGGCCCUUCUCCUCCUCUCGCUCGUCCUGCUCUCGUCUCUCGAUACGGCGAUGGCCUUCCGCUUCUCCGCAGGGCUCCGCGCGGACAAGCUGCGCGGGAUGAUGCGCGGAUGGGCGCAAGGCGGGCGCUCGACCGGCCAGCAGCAACAGCAGAGCGGCGGAACGAGCGGAGGCGGAACGGGCGGAGGCGGAAUGGGCGGCGGCGGGAUCAGCGGCGGCAUAAUGGGCGGCGGCGGGAUCAGCGGCGGCAUAAUGGGCGGCGGCGGAAUGGGUGGCGGCGGAAUUGACGGCGGAGGAAUGGGCGGCGGCGGAAUGGGCGGUGGCGGAAUGGGUGGCGGGGGAAUGGGCGGAGGCGGAAUGGGCGGCGGCAGCAUGGGAGGCGGCGGAAUGGGCGGAGGCGGCAUGGUGGGCGGUGGAAUGGGCGGCGGCGGAAUGGGCGGAGGAGGGAUGGGCGGCGGCGGAAUGGGCGGUGGCGGAAUGGGUGGCGGCGGAAUGGGCGGUGGCGGAAUAGGCGGCGGAAGCAUGGGGGGCGGCGGAAUGGGCGGAGGCGGCAUGGGUGGCGGCGGAAUGGGCGGCGGUGGCAUGAGUGGCGGCGGAAUGGGCGGCGGCGGAAUGGGCGGCGGAGGAAUGGGCGGCGGCGGAGUGGGCGGAGGGAGCAUGGGCGGCGGUGGAAUGGGCGACGGCGGAGUUGGAGGGGGUAUGGGAGGACCUGGUUCCUCUGCUCCCGGAUCGCAAUCAGCCAUGGGUCCUGGGGGGAACAUAGGUGGCGGCCGAAUGGGCGGCGGCCGCAUGGGCGGUGGAAUGGGUGGCGGCGACGGCAUGGGCGGGAGUGGCGGCAUGGGCGGUGGCGGAAUGGGCGGCGGAGGAAUGGGAGGCACGGGCGGACCUGGAUCCUCUGCUCCCGGAUCACAGUCAGCCAUGGGUCCUGGGGGGAACAUUGGCGGAGGCAUGGGCCGCGGGGGAGGAAUGGGCGGCGGCGGUAUGGGUGGCGGAGGCAUGGGCGGCGGAGGCAUGGGCGGCGGAGGCAUGGGCGGCGGAGGCAUGGGCGGCGGAGGCAUGGGCGGCGGAAUGGGCGGCGGAGGCAUGGGCGGCGGAAGCAUGGGCGGGUCAGGGUGGUUUGCUCCAGGGUCGCAGGCAGCACCCGGCCAGGGUGGACCUGGGAUGGGCGGAGGGAUGGGCGGAGGGAUGGGCGGGGGGAUGGGCGGAGGGAUGGGCGGAGGGAUGGGCGGAGGGAUGGGUGGGGGGAUGGGCGGAGGGAUGGGUGGUGGGAUGGGCGGAGGGAUGGGUGGUGGGAUGGGCGGAGGGAUGGGUGGUGGGAUGGGCGGAGGGAUGGGCGGAGGGUUGGGAGGGCCUGGGGGGCAGUAUGGGCGGACCACAGUAGCCUCAUCCCCUGGGCAGGGGCAGAUGCCAUCCUCAGAGGCGCAUGGCCGCAGCAGCACUUCCAACGGAGUGCCGCCAGCAGUGCUGCUUCGUCCAAGCUCCUCCUGA